AUGUCCGUUGAUUUCACGAAACGAACCCCAUAUACCACAACACGAACUAGCAAUGGAGAGUUGCUGCAAUUCUUGUUGCAACCACCAAAAAUCUUGAUGCACACCACCCAAAGAAAUCAAUCAGCGCCACAUACAACAGAUCUCACUAGUUUUGCCAUCAUGGGAACGACCCGAUCAACACCCCUGACAACACUCGAAGCUUCAUCAUCAUCAUGCUCGAGGAGGACGGAGGAUAUUGAUUCAAUUGAUUGCGAAAGGACGAUUCCGACGAUGGGUUUCGAUGAGAACGAUCUCUCUUUCCUAGAAGGUAAUCGAUAUCUUCAUCGUCAAAGUACAGAUUCUUUAUGUGCGUCAAUCGGUCGUUCAGAGGAAGAAAUCGAAGACGAUGAAUGGAAUGAACGCCAACUUAUCCUUGAAGAUGCAGCAAAUUUGGCAAGGCUAGCUGAGUUUCAUCUGAAUCCCCACACAACACUAGUACCUUCAGAUCCCUAUUCUUUUGGACAAAACUACUUAACCAGACCACCCGGGUAUGAAUUACAUACAAUGGAAGGUGACGAGGAAGAAGAUGACGACAUCCAAGAGAGAAUACGGGACACUUGUAUUCCAGAUUCUGAAAGUAGAGACGACAUGAGCACACAUCUGAAAUCGGAGGACAUGUGGCAAAAUAUGAACGCAGUAGUUUCACUCGACCCUUCAUGCGUGGUUCGUUUUGGUCUUCACUACGACAACCACAAAUGA